GGGGUUGUUCUGUAUUAAUUAAUUCGAGGCAAGUCUCGCGGUGUUACCACUCAGACAUCUUACGUCCCCCCCCCACCCAGAGUGUAGGGGAGAAAAAGCAAAUUUAUUCUACACGCGUGAGCUGUAACGUGUACAGUGCGCCGCGGUGUGUGUUGUACGGGCUGCCGAGCGCUGGUGCCGCCCGGUUCCGUGCGUUUCCGAGCGCCGAGAGCGCGUUGAGGUGUUCGCUACCCUUUGGCUCCCGCUGCAUCGUCCUCGCGUGCGGAGCCCCGCGAGCGGAGCCCCUUUGGCCAGCGCGCGGCGUGUCGCGCGCCCCGCAUCGUGCGUCAUUCUCCUCUCGGCGCUUCACUCCUCUGCUCUCCUCCACAGAGACGACAUGGCAACACCCGCCGCCGUCAACCCGUCGGAGAUGGGCACAGACCUCCCUGGGCCUGUGGCAAUGCCAGGCACCGUGGUGGGUGCCGGACAGGUGCGGAUGGCUGCUUCCAUGCCUGGCCGCGGGGGCAAGAGGAGAUCAGGCGGAAUGGACUUCGAUGAUGAAGAUGGAGAGGGACCCAGCAAAUUUUCAAGGUAUGAUGAUGAUCAGAUUCCUGGUGAUAAGGAAAGAUUUGCCAGGGAGAACCACAGUGAGAUUGAACGGAGGAGGCGUAACAAGAUGACCCAGUACAUUACGGAGCUGUCGGACAUGGUGCCCACAUGCAGCGCCCUUGCCCGCAAGCCCGACAAGCUGACCAUCCUCCGCAUGGCCGUGUCCCACAUGAAAUCCAUGCGGGGAACAGGCAACACCUCCACAGACGGAGCCUACAAGCCGUCCUUCCUCACUGAGCAGGAACUGAAGCACUUGAUCUUGGAGGCGGCCGAUGGCUUCCUGUUCGUGGUAGCAGCGGAGACAGGCCGUGUGAUCUACGUGUCAGACUCGGUGACGCCGGUGCUGAACCAGCCGCAGUCCGAGUGGUUUGGGAGCACACUCUAUGAGCAGGUCCACCCGGAUGACGUGGAUAAGCUGAGGGAGCAGCUGAGCACUUCGGAGAACUCCAUGACAGGGAGGAUCCUGGAUCUGAAAACGGGCACGGUGAAGAAGGAGGGUCAACAAUCCUCCAUGAGGAUGUGCAUGGGCUCCCGGCGCUCUUUCAUUUGCAGGAUGAGGUGUGGGAAUGCCCCUUUAGACCACAUCUCUUUAAACCGCCUGUCCAGCAUGAGGAAGAGAUACAGGAACGGCCUGGGACCUUCCAAGGAGGGGGAAGCGCAGUACUCUGUGGUACACUGCACGGGGUACAUCAAGGCCUGGCCACCUGCAGGCAUGACCAUACCGGAGGAGGAUGCUGAAGCUGGUCAAAGCAGCAAAUACUGCCUGGUUGCCAUCGGCAGACUGCAGGUCACCAGCUCACCUGUGUCCAUGGACAUGAAUGGGCUGUCCGUCCCCACCGAGUUUCUCUCGCGCCACAACUCUGAUGGCAUCAUCACCUUCGUUGACCCACGGUGCAUCAACGUGAUUGGAUAUCAGCCCCAGGACCUCCUUGGAAAGGACAUCUUGGAAUUCUGCCACCCAGAGGACCAGAGCCACUUGCGAGAAAGUUUCCAGCAGGUCGUGAAGCUGAAGGGCCAGGUUCUCUCCGUGAUGUACCGCUUCCGCAUGAAGACCAGAGAGUGGAUGCUCAUCCGCACCAGCAGCUUCACCUUCCAGAACCCCUAUUCUGAUGAGAUUGAGUACAUCAUCUGCACCAACACCAAUGUCAAGCAGCUCCAGCAGCAGCAGCAGGCUGAGCUGGAGGUGCACCAGAGGGAUGGUCUGUCUGCCUACGACCUCACCCAGGUUCCUGUGGCUACUGUCCCUGCUGGGGUCCAUGAAGCGGGGAAAGCCAUCGAUAAAACUGAGGCCAUGUUCUCCCAGGAAAGGGACCCUCGCUUUGCCGAUAUGUACACCAGUAUUUCUGGCUCUGAUAAGAAGAUGAUGGUGCCAUCGUCCACUGCUGGGGGACAGCAGCUCUACCCUCAGGGGAGUCCCUUUCAACCUGGGCAUGCUGGGAAGAGUUUCAGUUCCUCUGUGAUCCAUGUUCCCGGAGUGAAUGACAUCCAGCCCUCUUCCUCUGCCGGUCAGAACUUGGCCCAGAUCUCCCGGCAGCUCAACCCUAGUCAGGUGGCCUGGACAGGAAGCCGCCCCCCGUUUUCAGGACAGCAAAUUGCCUCUCAGUCUGGCAAGGCACAGUCAUCGCCCUUUGGCAUUGGGUCGGGUCAUAGCUACCCAGCCGACCCAUCUUCCUACAGCCCCCUCUCCAGUCCCUCCACAUCAUCUCCAAGUGGCAAUGCCUACUCCAACCUGGCCAACCGCAGCACAGCUUUUGAUGUUGCAGCCGAAGGCAGCCAGAGCGGAGGGCAGUUCCAGGGCCGGCCCUCGGAGGUGUGGUCGCAGUGGCAGAACCAGCACCACGGCCAGCAGGGGAGCGAGCAGCACGCGCACGCUCAGCCCAGCCAAACCGAGGUCUUUCAGGAUAUGCUGCCAAUGGCUGGGGAUCCAACGCAGGGCACCGCCAAUUAUAACAUUGAGGAUUUUGCUGAUUUAGGCAUGUUUCCUCCUUUCUCCGAGUAAUGGUUGGGUCCAAAUGAAAAGAACUUGCUGGAAAGGAAACUUCUUUGUUCUUUUCACCCACGCAAACUCCACUGGACACCAAGUGGAUUUCAGGAAGCCCUCGUCACACACACACGCACUCAUGAACACCUGCGGCGCAUGAUGGAGCAUGUCUCCAUCUGGUUCUUUUAACCAGUUUGACACAUCUCAAGAGUCACGUUGUUCCGGUCAAGUAUUUGGAAGGGCAGUGUUGCCUCAAUGUCACUGUACUCAAACUGAUUUCUUGAAUGUGGGACUUGCAGUCUGGGUUCAUUUUCAAGCGGACUUCAGCUAGUGUUUUCUUCCUGCACUUUGUUUUUAUUGCCAAACUGUGCGCGCUGAUGUUAUCUCUCUGCUGCUCACCAUUGCUAUAUGAUGCUUAACAGUAUAAAAUAUUGUAUUUGUAGCACAGUCCAUAACCUGGUAAACUAAUGUGGGCAUGGGCAGAUAUAGUAUGCUGCACAAAAGUUUACUUUUUAUGUUUUAUUUUUUAAAAGGAAGUUGCUGAACAUUAAGGCAGAGCUUAAAGUGCACUUCAUAAAGCUACUAUCACUAGCCUCCAGCCUUCUUAAGCAGGGGAGAGCAUCAGACAGUUAAAGCACAGCGGUAUAGCAAAUGCUGAUGAGAGUUACAUUUCAACUGUUCAAGGGAAAAGCAGUGAUUUAUAGUCGGGGCAUUUCACAUGAAAAGAUUGUGUAAUGUAUAACAAUGUGGACUUAGAAAGGGGUCACAAAUCACUGUCUUUUUUGCUAAAUGGAUGUUUUUGUAAAUAAAAUGUGAUUUUUGUUUUUUCUUAUACAUGCACAUCUAUACAUAUUUGUGUAGGUUUAAUAUUGUGUGCAAUGUGAGUGCAUAUUUAACUACUUGUCCUUAGUUUGUCUGGUAAUUGUAAAUUGAGGUUAGACUUGUAAAAACUGUGUAAAUGUGAUCCAUUAUUUUUGUGUAACUUUAUAAACAAAUGUGCUUGUGACAAUAAAUUCCUACUGGUUACAUGGCUUUCAGUCAGGCAAGUUAAA